AGGUUGUCCCAGAAAUGGCAGGUGAUCAGCCAGCGGAGCAUUCCCUGUGAGGAUGAUGCUGCAGAUGACAACCCCGAGUCUCAGGAGAUGCUUGAGGAACAGCUGGUCAGGCUGCUGACCCGAGAAGUCAUGGAUCUCAUCACUGUUUGCUGUGUUUCCAAGAAGGGUGUUGAGCAUAACAGUGCUGCUGCUGUAGAUGGAGAUGAUGAUGAGGCCAUGGCCACGGAGAUGACACCUCCCACCAGCGCAGAGCUCACCGAGCUUGGCAAGUGUCUGAUGAAGCAAGAGGAUGUUUGCACAGCAGUGCUGAUCACUGCCUACACAUCCCUCUGCUGGAAGGACACUUUCUCCUGCCAGAAAACCACAACCCAGCUUUGCUGGCCACUGCUCAAACAGGUGCUUCCAGGAAACCUCCUGCCUGAUGCUGUGUCCUGGUUCUUCACUAGUGUGCUGAAGGGCUUACAGAUACACGGGCAGCACGACGGCUGCAUGGCGGCUCUUGUCCACCUGGCUUUCCAGAUCUACGAGGCCUUGCGCCCUCGCUACGCCGAGCUGAAGACAGUGAUGGAGCAGGUCCCAGACAUCCCGAGGGACUCUUUGGAGCAGUUUGACUCAAAGCUUCUCAACCUGACGCUGCAGAAGAUGGCAGACAAGCGCCGGAAGGAUCAUUUCAAGCGCCUGAUCGCAGGCUGCAUUGGGAAGCCCCUCGCAGAGCAGUUCCGCAAGGAGGUUCAUAUCCGGAACCUCCCAUCUCUCUUCAAAAAGGUGAAGCCAUCGUUGGAGACGGACGCCAUCGAGAACGAGGAUGGAGAGGGCCUCACUGUGCUCUUUGAACCCUGAGCCUGGGAUGCUGCAGACAUCUCCUCCCCUAUCUUAUAUUUUGUCUCUCCUCAUAGUAAGCACAUUAGAUUCUCCUUGUCAUCGCCUCCACAAGCAUUUGUCUGAAUAAAGCCCCUUACGGG